AUGACUGAAGCAUCGUCAACAGAGGCCCCAGCAUUGACUCCCCAGUUUUGCUUCAAUGAAAGUCUCCUCAGAGACUUUUUGAGUCUUUCGCGGUCGACUAUCGACGAUUCGAUUACGCAGAAUCUCAAUGCGUUAAUAACCCCGGCCCGUGAAGGUUUCGAUCCAUCUUCUACCGCUGUGCGACAAAUCGACUCCAAAGCCCGGAAAGCAAUCGAUCCAAAAAAUUGCCAGGGUUUCAAGGACAAUGUGCUAUUCCCAUCAUGGCAGACUCGCUCCGAUGUUUUAGCCUACUGCGCCGGUGUUGCGACAAGUCCGGACCCCGAUGAUCCUGACCUGAUCCUACGGGAGACCGAAUCUGCGAGGGAUCGAGAGCGAGUUGUCAAUGAACGAUUGGACCCAUAUUCAGCACGUUUCUUUCCCCGGGAGGCUAGGACAGAAUCACUCGCGAACUUAGUACGAAACCAACGGACCGUGGAAGAUAUCAUCCGCGCGAGAACCUGGGGCAUGGUGACCGAGAGAUGUGGUGGCUCUACGUCAUGGGAGGAUGCUUUGAACAAUUGGCGUCACAGCAACCAACGAUGA